AUGCUUAAGCCCAAGGACUUGUGCCCCCGAGCGGGUACGCGCACCUUCCUGGAGGCCAUGCAGGCGGGCAAAGUGCACCUGGCUCGCUUUGUCCUGGAUGCGCUGGACCGUAGCAUCAUCGACUGCCGCGCGGAGCAGGGCCGCACGCCGCUCAUGGUGGCCGUGGGCUUACCAGACCCCGCGCUGCGCGCGCGCUUUGUGCGACUACUGCUGGAGCAGGGUGCGGCAGUGAACCUGCGGGACGAGCGCGGCCGCACAGCGCUCAGCCUGGCGUGCGAGCGCGGCCACCUGGACGCCGUGCAACUGCUGGUGCAGUUCAGCGGCGACCCCGAGGCGGCCGACUCGGCAGGCAACAGCCCGGUGAUGUGGGCGGCCGCGUGCGGCCACGGGGCGGUGCUCGAGUUCCUGGUGCGCUCCUUCCGCCGCCUAGGCCUACGCCUCGACCGCACUAAUCGGGCGGGUCUCACGGCCCUGCAGCUGGCGGCCGCCCGCGGCCACGGGACCUGUGUGCAGGCCCUCACAGGGCCGUGGGGCCGCGCAGCCGCCGCCGCCGCGGCCCGGGGCUCCAACUCUGACAGCCCCCCUGGCCGUCCGGUCCCCGCGCCCAGCCCGGAGCGCCGACGACCCAGCCCCCGCCGCCUACCGCGGCCUCUCCUGGCGCGCUUUGCCCGAGCGGCGGGCGGCCAUGGUCACGGCGGCGAGGCUGGCUCGGGGGGUAAGGGCUUCGGUCGGCAUCGGGCACAGGGCUGCGAGCGCCCGGAGCUGGGCCGGAGCAUGAGCCUGGCGCUGGGUGCCGUGACCGAGGAGGAGGCGGCGCGACUGCGAGCGGGAGCCCUGAUGGCCCUACCGCACUCGCCCCAGUCCUCGGGGGCUGGGCGGUGGCGGUCACAGGAGGUGCUGGAGGGAGCACCCCCAACCUUAGUGCAAGCCCCCAUUGGUCUUAGCCCCCACCCCGAAGGCGAUCCCGGCUCUGGCCGCUUGGGUUUGCGCCGACGCUCCACAGCUCCAGACAUCCCCAGCCUGGUCGGGGAGGCAUCUGGGCCCGAGAGCGGCCAAGAAUUAGAGCCCAAUGCUUUGCCACAUUCGGUGCCCGGGCCUCAGCCUUGGCAGGGGGGCACGGAGGCCGUGGUGCUGCACGCUCAGCGGUAA